ACGGAGGGGUGAGAGCUCGUAUGUUUCCUGCUCCGCCUUCUUCUGCCUGAUUACACAUUUUCUUGGUGUUUGUUGGUGAAAUGCAGUUUUGAGCAAGAAGGGAAAACUUGCCUUUGACAAAACCUUGCUGCGGACUUUUCAUGUUUGGGAGUAGAAUUGCUAUCCUGCAGAUUUCUUCAUCCUGAGAGGGCAUUUGGACAUUAUUGGAGUCUGCCAUGUCUUCUUACACAGUGACUAUUGCCACAGGAAAUAUGUGGUUCGCAGGGACAGAUGACUAUAUCUACAUUACACUGGUGGGCACAGAGCAAUGCAGCGAGAGAACGCUGUUGGACAAACCUCUGUACAAUGACUUUGAGAGGGGGGCGGUGGACUCCUAUGACGUGAGAGUUGGGGAGGACCUGGGUGAGAUUGUGUUGGUGAAGAUCGAGAAGAAGAAGUACUGGAUGCACGAUGACUGGUACUGCAGGUACAUCACAGUCAAGACCCCAUCUGGAGACUAUGUGGAGUUCCCCUGCUUCCGCUGGCUGGUGGAUGACAAGGAAGUGGUGUUGCGAGAUGGACGAGCAUAUCUGCCUCAGGAUGACAAGACCAGUGUGGUCAAACAGCACCGACAAAAAGAGCUGGAUUUGAGGAGAAAAACCUACAGAUGGAGGGAAUGGCAGCCAGGCUUUCCUAUGAGCAUAGAUGCUAACAGACACAAGGAUUUGCCACGGGACAUCCAGUUUGACAGUGAGAAAGGAGUGGACUUUGUCCUGAACUACAGUAAGGCAAUAGAGAACCUGUUUGUGAACCAGUUCAUGCACAUGUUCCAGUCUUCCUGGAGUGACUUUGCUGACUUUGAGAGGAUUUUUGUGAGAAUCAAAAACACAAUCUCAGAGUAUGUGAUGCAACACUGGAGGGAGGACUUCAUGUUUGGAUACCAAUUUCUAAAUGGCUGCAACCCCGUAAUGAUCCAAAAAUGCACCAAACUUCCUGACAAGUUUCCUGUCACUCAUGAGAUGGUUUCUGUCAGCCUGGAGAGGGAGCUGACUCUGGAGGAGGAAAUAGAGGCAGGUAACAUCUACAUAGUAGACUACGAUGUGCUGGAGGGCAUCACUGCUAAUUGCACAGACCCUUGCACGCUGCAGUACCUGGCAGCUCCCAUUUGUCUGCUCUACAAGAACGCUCAGAACAAGAUCCUGCCCAUAGCCAUACAGCUUGGCCAGACUCCUGGUAAGAACACCCCAAUCUUCCUGCCCACUGAUGGUCAGUAUGACUGGCUGCUGGCUAAGAUCUGGGUGCGCUCGGCUGAUUUCCAGUACCACCAGACCAUCACACACCUGCUCAGGACACAUCUGAUGACAGAGGUGUUUGCGAUCGCCAUGUACAGGCAGCUCCCUGCUGUUCACCCUGUGUAUAAGCUGCUUAUCCCACACAUUCGUUUUACCAUUGCCAUCAACACCAAGGCCAGAGAGCAGCUCAUCUGUGAAUGUGGCAUCUUUGACAAGGCAAACGCAACAGGUGGAGGUGGUCACGUCCAGCUGGUGCAGAAGGCCAUGAAGUCUCUGACCUUCAGGUCUCUGUGCUUCCCUGACAUGAUCAAGUCCCAUGGCAUGGACAGCAAGGAGGAGCUGCCCACCUACUUCUACAGAGAUGAUGGCUACAGGGUAUGGGAGGCCACAAAGAGUUUCGUGUCUGAUGUGGUGCAUAUUUAUUACACCAGCGAUGAGAAGGUGCAGGGAGAUGAGGAAAUUCAGGCCUUCAUUAAAGACGUGUGCAGCUUCGGGAUGCAAGACUUCGAUCACUGUGAGUUUCCCAAGUCUGUGAAAUCACGUGAGGAGCUGACAGAGUACCUGACCGUCAUUGUGUUCACUGCCUCGUCUCAGCAUGCAGCUGUCAACUUUGGACAGUAUGACUGGUGUUCCUGGAUCCCCAACGCUCCUUCUACCAUGCGGAGGCCCCCACCCACCCAGAAGGGUGUGACAGAUGUGAACUUGAUCAUCGAGAGCCUCCCUGACCGCGGUCGCUCCAGCUGGCACCUGGGGGCCGUCUGGGCCCUCAGCCAGUACCAGGAGAAUGAGCUGUACCUGGGCAUGUAUCCUGAUGAGCACUUCAUAGAGAAGCCAGUGAAGACGGCCAUGGAGAAGUUCAGGAAGCAGCUGGCAGAGAUAACCCGCGCCAUCAAGAGAAGGAAUGAGGGAAAGAAGCUGCCGUACUACAACAUGUCCCCUGACAAAAUCCCCAACAGUGUCGCUGUUUGAGGAAUAAACGUCAUGAUCAUGUCUCCACUUAAUAUUUUACAUUGAGGUUCUGCUGAUGUUACUGAGCUGUCAAAACAUGCUGUUAGGAAACUCUUGUGUGUGAUUUUGAUAUGACUGUAGAUUUAAAUCCAUGAGUUGACCAAAAACCGAGUUUCCAAACCUCAGCUUUGUUUCUCAGUUGUUUUCUGUCAUUUAUUCGGGUGGAAAUUGGAUUAAAUUUUAUUCCAUGGAGGUGCCAAUUAAAAUGUGUUUUAUAGCUGUAUAGCUCCUUUGUCAGGAGUCAGAGGCUGUCACCCACUGUGGAAAAUAAAAAGUUACAUUGCUAUA